GUGUGUUUGUGUGAUUAGAAUGGGACCACUGACGGUGUGGUACGUGGCCGUGGCGCUGGUACUGGUGGCGGUCGUUGGCCCAAAUGUACAGAACGUCGGAGCACGGAUCGUCUCGAGCAAACGCCGAUAUCGGGAUUACGAUUUCGAUUUUUCGCAUCUCGGCGAAGCACUGUAUGGAAGCCACGAUCAGGCGUCGAUUGGGGAGCUGGUGCGAGCCUGGCGACCACACAACAGCACCGUCAACCCGGAGGAACUGGGCACGUACGCCGAGGGGGACAUCCAUCAGCCGCUGAUCGAACGGAAUGCCCUCAAGUUCACCAGCAGCAAGUGGAACAAGGGUUUAGUGCCAUACGAGUUCAGUGACGAGUUUUCGAUCGGUGAUCUGCAGAAGCUGUUCUCGGCGUUCGAGCAGUUCCACAAGAAAACCUGCAUCCGGUUCGUGCCGCACACGAAGGAACGGGACUACGUGGUGAUCGAGGGCCGCAACAGUGGCUGCUGGUCGGCCGUGGGCCGGAUGGGUGGCCGUCAGGUUGUCAAUCUGCAGCGUAACGGGUGCCUGCAGCAGGAGGGUACGAUCGUGCACGAGCUGAUGCACGUGCUGGGUUUCCUGCACGAGCAUACGCGCUACGAUCGCGAUCGGUUCGUGAACAUCUUCUUCCGAAACGUGCGUCCCAAUCUGCUGAGCAACUUUGGGCGGGAAAGCGAAUCACAGACGACGACGCUCGGCAUGCAGUACGAUUACGGGAGCGUGAUGCACUACUCCCGCACGGCGUUCAGCAAAAACGGAAAACCGACGGUCGAACCAAAGAUUAAGUACAGCGGGCAGCUGGGACAGCGCGUCGGCUUUUCGGUGAAGGAUGUACAGAAAAUCAAUAAGCUCUACUGCCAUCGGUGA